AUCCCAUGUGCCAUACAGAGAAUUUAAUGGAUAAAAUCUGUGAUUUAUGAAUUACAUUUUAAUGGAAAAAUAAUUGGGAGAUUAUAUAGCAAAUUACCACCACUGAGAACUUUGGGUAAUGUUACAUGGAAUAAGCAGUUGAGCCAGUAGAUAUUUGACUUAUUGAACUCAAAAGCUGUAUUUUCAAUUUCAGUUUAUGUGCUGUGAUUUUAGAUAAGGUGUAACAUUUGUCAGGGACAUUUGAAUACUUGAAAGUGUUUGAACCAAAUGUUUGUCUUCGGUGUGAAUUUUAUUGAGAUUAUUGCUGUGAAGAUAGAAGUACCAUCAAGAUUCAUGAAGAAAAGUAACCAGUAGUCAUUCUUUAUAAAUACAACUAAUGGACACAAUUUUAUAGAAUUGAACCAGUUAAAUCUAAGAUCAUCACAAAAAUAAGGCUUCAUAGUAAUUUACCUGGUGGAAGUGCACUUUCUUACGCAAUAAGGGACUAUUGGUUGAUUUUAUGACCAUUGAAUUUUAGAACUGCGCUCUCAUUAGUUGAAAACUUGCGUAAUGGACGGUCUUUUGUUGAACUGCAUUUCUGUUGUACCUUGUGGAACUUCCUUCACUUUGGGAUUGGGAUAAAGUGGGCUGAGUAUUCAAUACUUGAAAAAAUAAUUAAGUUGCUAAUUAUCUGUUAUCAAGAAAUCUUUAUUUAAAUCAAAAUACUUCAUGAGUAGUUGAGACACUCAUUAUUGUAUACACCGAGUUGAUGUCCCUUUAACCUUGGAAGAGAGUUCUCACGUGUAACCUUGGAAGAGAGUUCUCAAGUGUGACCGUGGAAGAGAGUUCUCACGCAAGUUAUGUGACAUGGAUGAGACUGGGGAGAUACUCACCCCAGGUGGAACUGCCAGCAGAUAUGAGCUUCGACCCAGGACCCCUAGCACCCCUAAACGCUCGGGCACGCCCUCCACACCUACGGCUCGCAAGAUCCUCAGGUCUUCCAACACCCCUGACAAUGUCCCCAGGGACCUCACCACUCCCCUCAAGUCAGCCCAACACACACCAAGCAACCUGGUUCAGAGAACACCACGAACGCCCAAGACAGAGGAGAAGACGGUGUUUCGUACGCCGAUGACCUUCAAGCCGCGGAUAGUUGGCAGUCGCGUGGUGCCGUCCCCGUCACGUGCCGAGAUAUGGAGACAGCAGCUGGGACUUGAGGAGGCUGAUGAAAGUGAUAAGGAGAAUCCAACAUCAUCAGAUGAAGAGGAAAACAAACAGAAUGUGGCCCCACUGGUGGAGUUUAGAGCCCUUCAAAAGGAGCUUGCAACCAAGGAUGCACAAAGGGAUGAGUGCUUACUUCUAAUAAAGAAUUGCAAGGAGAAGAACCGGCUCUACAAAGCGCGGUUGGAGAGGGAGGAGACCACGAAGCGUCAGCAGCUGAGGAUACUACGGAAGACCCACGAGUCUCAACUGCAGGAGAAGGAGCAGUUCAUAGCCACCCUGCAGGCCAUUGUCAAUGAACAGGAGGAGAGAAUACGUGAGCUUGAAGAGGUCUCAGUGAGCACACCGCGUAGCAAGCGUGCCACCCGCAGUGCCCGUAAUGCAGCCCCAGACCCUGCGCCCACCGCCCAGGCCUCCGAACACCUCUCUAAACUUGUGGACGAUGUGAGACGGCUCCAGUCACAGAAUGGGUCUCUCAUGUCACAACUCAACGACGUUCAAAUUGAACUGACAAACGUGCGAGAGGAACACUCAAGAGAGAUCGAUACCCUUCAAGAUUCCGUCGAGAAGACUCGGUCCUUGACCAAUGGCAGUGAUCUGAAAAAGUCUAGUCAACACAUCUGUUGUUCACAUAGUAGUCAGGUGUCCGUGUUGGAGAGGCAGUGUACUGACCUGCAGACAGAGCGGCUUCAACUGCUCCAGGACCUCACAGAGGCCCACAACAACAACACCAAGGCUACCACAGUCUCCAAGUUGGCCAAUCAUAGACAACAGCAACUUGAGGACGAGGUUAAGCGGCUGAAGUCUAGGUGUGCACAGCUGGAAGGGGAGAGCACUGCUAGGAGUAACCGUGGUGAUGACCUAACCUCGGUCCGGGAAGAGGUCGCGACCCUGACGCAGGAAAAUAAUAGGCUGCAGCAGAACAACAGGGAACUGCAGCUGCAAGUCAUGACCCUGCAAACUAAAUCACCUGAGGUUGUCACGGUUACGAAGAAGGUUGAAUCUGAGUCACUACGUCAACGCUUUGAGGCUGUGAAGUCAGAGAACGAACUACUGAAGCACACAUGUGACGCACGCAAGCAAGAACUGCACGAGGCCCAGAAUCAAGUCAGAUACCUCGAGAAAAUGUUGUCUGUGACGGAGACAGCCAAGAAGAAGGCCGACAGUGACCUGUGGUCGGAACUCGAGUCUCUGCACUCCGAGCACCAGGCUGCAACCAAAGCACUCCGAGAUCAGAUGGAGGCUGAUAAGCACGAUGCUGUCCAAGAGAUUCAAGCCAAACUUACCACAGAACACAAGGAUGAGCUACAAGCAAUAGUUCAAGGUUUGAAAGACAAGCACCAGCAUGAACUACAGGAAUCUGAGGAAAAAAUGUGUGCUUUAAAAGUGCAAUAUGAACAGUUGGCCUCUAAAUUUGAGAUGGAAAGGGGACAAAUACUCUCUAAAAUGGAGGAAGAAAAGUUUGAACUGCUCUCAAGAUUGGAGGAAGAAAAGGAAGCCCUGAAAGAGGAAAUGAUUACCCAGUUGAAGUUGUUUGAGGAAAACAUGUUGAAGCUUGAACAUAAAUGCAAAUUGGAGAAUAGGCAACUGGAGGAGGAUUUGAUGAUUGCAAAGACAGCCGCUGUCAACAGGGUGAGGGAGGAACUGCAGCUGGAGAAGCAGGUGUGCCUGUCAGCCCUCGAGGAGAAACUAAAAGAGGAGCAUGAAGAUGAAAUAGAAAAGCUUACAAUCAACGUCAAUAAUCAGAUAGUGGAGGCAGUAGAGCAGGAGAGGCGAUCUACCAGUGAGAGAAUGGUCGACCUUGAAAACAAAUAUGGCAGCCUCGUGAGGCAGUUGGUCUCCACGGGACCUGUCCUAGCGCACUUCGUAGAGUCGUACAUACUUCUGCAGAAGGAGGUCAAGCGUUUACCGAAGAUCAUUGAGAAAACAGUGUCAGGUGUCACUCAACAGGUGAUGGCUGCCAUUUUGGGUGUGAGUGAACACAAUAAGGAGCUGGUACACAAGUAUCAGAAGGAAAUGAAACUAAGGAAGAAAUAUCACAAUGAACUUGUCGAACUGAAAGGUAACAUCCGAGUGUUUUGCCGUGUGCGGCCACUGAUCAGGGAGGAUGGCAGUGGUUCCCAGGCAGAGGACAUUGUGACCCUGGACCAGGACGACAGCGGGGUGCUCUACAUCAACAGCAAGGGACGCACUCAGACCUUCGAUGUGGACCGCGUGUUUGGAGAGGGCAGCACUCAGCAGGAGGUGUUCGAUGAAGUCAAGGCCCUCAUUACCUCAUGUAUUGACGGCUACAAUGUGUGCAUAUUUGCCUAUGGCCAGACUGGCAGUGGAAAAACAUACACCAUGGAGGGUACCAGCGAGGAUCCCGGUAUCAACCAGCGUGCAUUGAGUCUUCUGUUUGAGGAGACCGGCGCCCGGCGUGACUGGGAGUACACCAUUAGUGUCAGUGUGCUGGAGAUAUACAAUGAGAUGAUCAGGGACUUGCUGGGUGACGACGUUGGCUACAAGAUGGAGGUGAAGAUGAACCCAGAUGGAGGCUACCACAUACCUGGCCUGUGUUAUGUGCAUGUCAAGACUGUAGGAGAUGUCAAUGAGUGUUUUCGCGUAGGCCAGUUGAAUCGGGCCACUGCAGUCAACCAACAUACUGAACAUUCCUCGCGGUCCCAUGCCCUGCUGUGUGUGACAGUGGUGGGAGUGAAUAGAACCACUGGGGCUAAGACCACUGGUAAAUUGAACUUGGUGGAUCUGGCUGGCUCGGAACGCGUGAGCAAGUCAAAGGCUGACGGAGCAAGACUCAAGGAAGCCCAGUCUAUCAACAAAUCCCUGUCUUCACUCGGCGAUGUUAUCUACGCACUGCGCUCCAAACAGUCCCAUAUCCCAUAUAGGAACUCCAAACUUACAUAUCUACUGCAAGAUUCUCUAGGUGGUGACAGCAAAACCCUGAUGAUUACACAGGUGUCUCCUGUACGAAAGAACGAAGCGGAGACGAUUUGUUCCCUCAACUUUGCUCAGCGUGUUCGUAACGUAGAACUGGGCGCGGCGACAAAGCGUGUUGAAAAUGGCGAUGGCACUGAGGGUUCCACAGAGGACCAGAAUGAUGCCAACUGUUCCACCCCUCAAAAAGUUCCACUGGUGGGUAAACCUAAUACACCCAAAGUUGGAAAAGAUAGCACCCCGUCCUCAAAGAGCGUGAAGACCAACGUGAGCACCCCUACGUCAUCUGUGAUGAAUGUCAAGGCCAGUACGCCAUCCUCCAGCUCCAAAAUGACACCAGUACAACAGAUGAGGAAGAAAUAAUCUGUGACAUGACACCAGUACAACAGAUGAGGAAGAAAUAAUCUGUGACAUGACACCUGCAUUACAGACUAGGAAGAAAUAAUCUGUGACAUGACACCUGUAUUACAGACUAGGAAGAAAUAAUCUGUUACAUGACACCUGUAUUACAGAAUAGGAAGAAAUAAUCUGUGACAUGACACUGUAUUACAGACUAGGAAGAAAUAAUCUGUGACAUGACACCUGUAUUACAUACUAGGAAGACAUUAACUGGGAUGUGAUUUUUGUGCUGUGUUGAUGUAAGCAAGGAAAGUUGCAGAAUCAUACAAACAGGUCGCCAUGGCGUAGUGGAUAUAGUGUCUGCCUAGCGAUUGGGAAGGUCAGGGGUUUGAACCCCACUGGGAGAGUUCCCUCAACCUCCCCAAAAUAGACACCAAGUACUGGUUAUAGGCCCAGGAAACUGAGAGCGUUUCAACAAGCCUAAGACUUUCUAAGCAAUCGAGAUAAAACAAAAAGGUUUAUCCCAUUUUUGCCUAGCGUCUAGAAAAAAGGCCUUGGCAAACAGCGUAGACCCAGAUGACACGCUGCAUGAUGCGGCGUCUCAUCUGGGUCUGCGCAAAUUGCUUAAAGGAAUUUCUGUAAGAAAUAUUCUAAAUAUAAAAAUAAUUAUACUAGACAUCCCCAAUUUUGUAUAUAAAUUGAUCCAAUUUAGAAGGAUGGGAGAGUCCACUUGGCAUAAAUGGGUUAAACUAAACAAACAGCUGAUGCUGCACUUCGGAAUGUUAUGGUUUGGUUUUUCUGCCCAUCUAAGCUAGUGAUGUGAUUGUAAAAAUCAUAUUGCUCUUGAAAUAUUCAUUUUAUAUCAGAAAUUUAUAUUGUUGUCCUUGGGGGAAAUCUAAAGAAUGCUUCCACAGUUGGGACCGAACCCAAGACCUCCCGGUCACUAGGCAGUCACCAUAUUUAUUACACAAAAUUAAUUUGAAUUUUUUUUAGAUAAGGACCAAUAUAACAUUAAAAUUCCCUGUGUA